AUGCUCCUAAACUUCCCAGUCAACUACCGUCUGGAAUGGAUCGCAGUUACGAUUUCGACUAGGCCCCUUACAUUAAGCGUCUCUUUGAUGAGCUUCCACAAGAAUGACCUUCGCAAAGAAGCCCAUCUAAAAAAGCCAUGGGUAUUGCGGAAAUCGAGAGUAGCUAAAAAGGCUGACGGGCCCAGCAAAGGAAUCAGUUCAAAAAAGAUAUCCAGUUUAAUGGGUGCUCAUUUGGCUUGGGGGACCAAAGUGCAGCUAGUCUUUGCCAUAGGUGGAAAUCGGCAGUUAAGCAGUGGACAUCUAAAGGCAAAUUGCAAAUGUCCUGCUGGGCGCAAAGAAUCUUCUUCCCUUUUUUUAAGAAACAGGUCAAAAUGUUUACUCGAUGCAAGAUUGGUUGAUAGGAUUUGUCGACUUAAUGUGCAGCCUUCAGCAGUCCUGCAUAAAGUCAGACCCGAUGCUUGA